AUGAUUACAUUUGUCAGAAAUCUAUCUAUCUAUCUAUCUAUCUAUCUAUCUAUCUAUCUAUCUAUCUAUCUAUCACUUUCUCUCAGUCUUUUCAUAUCUAUCUAUCUGCUCUUUCACUCGGUGUUUUAUAUCUAUCUAUCUAUCUAUCUAUCUAUCUAUCUAUCUAUCUAUCUAUCUAUCUAUUUCAAUCGCUUCAUAUCUAUCUAUCUAUCUAUCACUUUCUCUCAGUCUUUUCAUAUCUAUCUAUCUGCUCUUUCACUCGGUGCUUUAUAUCUAUCUAUCUAUCUAUCUAUCUAUCUAUCUAUCUAUCUAUCUAUCUAUUUCAAUCGCUUCAUAUCUAUCUAUCUAUCUAUCUAUCUAUCUAUCUAUCUAUCUAUCUAUCACUUUCUCUCAGUCUUUUCAUAUCUAUCUAUCUGCUCUUUCACUCGGUGCUUUAUAUCUAUCUAUCUAUCUAUCUAUCUAUCUAUCUAUCUAUCAUUUUCUCUCAGUCUUUUCAUAUCUAUCUAUCUGCUCUUUCACUCGGUGCUUUAUAUAUAUCUAUCUAUCUAUCUAUCUAUCUAUCUAUCUAUUUCAAUCGCUUCGUAUCUAUCUAUCUAUCUAUCUAUCUAUCUAUCUAUCUAUCUAUCUAUCUAUCUAUCACUUUCUCUCAGUCUUUUCAUAUCUAUCUAUCUGCUCUUUCACUCGGUGCUUUAUAUCUAUCUAUCUAUCUAUCUAUCUAUCUAUCUAUCUAUCUAUCUAUUUCCAAUCCUUCAUAUCUAUCUAUCUAUCUAUCUAUCUAUAUCUAUCUAUCUAUCACUUUCUCUCAGUCUUUUCAUAUCUAUCUAUCUGCUCUUUCACUCGGUGUUUUCUAUCUAUCUAUCUAUCUAUCUAUCUAUCUAUCUAUCUGUUCGUAUCUAUCUAUCUAUCUAUCUAUCUAUCUAUCUAUCUAUCUAUGUAUGUUCGCAUCUCUCUCUCUCUCUCUCUCUCUCUCUCUAUCUAUCUAUAUUUCUAUCUAUGUCUGUUCGUAUCUAUCUAUCUAUCUAUCUAUCUAUGUCUGUUCGCAUCUCUCUCUCUCUCUCUUUCUAUCUAUCUAUCCAUGUCUGUUCGUAUCUAUCUAUCUAUCUAUCUAUCUAUCUAUCUAUCUAUGUCUGUUCGUAUCUAUCUAUCUAUCUAUCUAUCUAUCUAUCUAUCUAUCUAUGUCUGUUCGUAUCUAUCUAUCUAUCUAUCUAUCUAUCUAUAAUACUAUAUCUAAUUUCUUUGAUUUUUUUUUUCUACAAAAUAUAUACGUUGUUUCUGAGCUAUUUCAAUUUGUCCGUCUUUGUCAAUCUGUUUGUGCAUCUCUCUCAAUCCAAAGGCCGCAUCUCUGCAUCUGCUUCCAUACAUUUUAUAUCUGUUAAUUUUCAGUCGGCUGGAUACAAAUGCACAUUUCUCUUUUUCUGCUCCGGGAAAUUCAUCUUGCUCCACCCGUCCCCCACCUCUCCUCAUCACCAUUUUCCCUCCGCCUCCAUUUUUAACUUUCUCUUUGCGCAUCCCCUCACUGAACUCUCCGCCAUUAUCUUUUUCCUUAUAUCUCAUCUGAAUUUGAACAUCCUGUCUCUGUUUCAUCUUUCUUAUCGCUUCGAUCCGUCCACCCUUUCUGUCAUUCUUACUCUCCUUCUCUCAUAUUCCCCGUUCUCCCCCUCCAUAGCCUUCAAGUCUCUCUACUCUCCUCUCCUUUACAACAUCUUCUCCCCUCCUCCCCUUCUUCUCACCCCUCUCUUUCCUCCUCUUCAUAUUGUCAGCUUACCUUCCUCCCCGUCCAAUCCUCUCCUUCAUAAAAUCCUAUCUCCCCCUCCUCUCCUUCUUCUCACCCCCUCUUUCCUCCUCUUCACAUUUUCAGCUUACAUUCCUCCCCGUCCCAUCCUGUUCACAAUUUCCUCCCCUUUUUCACUACUCCUUUCCCCUCCUUUCAAUAAUUUACUCUCCCUCUUCUCCAACAUUUUGCCAUUCUCUCUCGCCUCCAGCUCCUUCAUAAAAUCCUCUCCCCUCCUCCUUCUUAUCACCCCUCUCUUUCCUCCUCUUCACAUUGUCAGCUUACCUUCCUCCCCGUCAAUCCUGUUCUGCUCCUUAAAAAUCCUAUCUCCCCUCCUCCCCUUCUUCUCACCCCUCUCUUUCCUCCUCUUCACAUUGUCAGCUUACCUUCCUCCCCGUCCCAUCCUGUUCACAAUUUCCUCCCCCUUUCACUACUCCCUUUCCCCUCCUUUCAAUAAUUUACUCUCCUCUUCUCCAACAUUUUGCCAUUCUCUCUCGCCUCAGCUCCUUCAUAAAAUCCUAUCUCCCCCUCCUCCCCUUCUUCUCACCCCUCUCUUUCCUCCUCCUUCAUUGUCAGCUUACCUUCUCCCCGUCCAAUCCUGUUCACAAUUUCCUCCCCUUUCCCUUUCCCUUUUUCCCCUCCUUUCAAUAAUUUACUCUCCUCUUCUCCAACAUUUUGCCAUUCUCUCUCGCCUCAGCUCCUUCAUAAAAUCUAUCUCCCCCCUCUCCCUUUUUCUCACCCCUCUCUUUCCCUCCUCUUCACAUUGUCAGCUUACCUUCCCUCCCUGUCCAAUCCUGUUCACAAUUUCCUCCCCCUUUCACUACUCCCUUUCCCCUCCUUUCAAUAAUUUACUCUCCUCUUCUCCAACAUUUUGCCAUUCUCUCUCGCCUCAGCUCCUUCAUAAAAUCCUAUCUCCCCCUCCUCCCCUUCUUCUCACCCCUCUCUUUCCUCCUCUUCACAUUGUCAGCUUACCUUCCUCCCCCUCCUUCAUAAAAUCCUAUCUCCCCCUCCUCCCCUUCUUCUCACCCCUCUCUUUCCUCCUCUUCACAUUGUCAGCUUACCUUCCUCCCCGUCCCAUCCUGUUCACAAUUUCCUCCCCCUUUCACUACUCCCUUUCCCCUCCUUUCAAUAAUUUACUCUCCUCUUCUCCAACAUUUUGCCAUUCUCUCUCGCCUCAGCUCCUUCAUAAAAUCCUAUCUCCCUCCUCCCCCUUUUUCUCACCCCUCUCUUUCCUCCUCUUCACAUUGUCAGCUUACCUUCCUCCCCGUCCAAUCCUCUCCUUCAUAAAAUCCUAUCUCCCCUCCUCCCCUUUUUCUCCCCUCUCUUUCCUCCUCUUCACAUUGUCAGCUUACCUUCCUCCCCUGUCCCAUCCUGUUUCAAUUUCCUCCCCCCCUUUCACUACUCCCUUUCCCCUCCUUUCCAAUAAUUUCUCUCCUCUUCUCCAACAUUUUGCCAUUCUCUCUCGCCUCAGCUCCUUCAUAAAAUCCUAUCUCCCCCUCCUCCCCUUUUUCUCACCCCUCUCUUUCCUCCUCUUCACAUUGUCAGCUUACCUUCCUCCCCGUCCAAUCCUGUUCACAAUUUCCUCCCCCUUUCACUACUCCCUUUCCCCUCCUUUCAAUAAUUUACUCUCCUCUUCUCCAACAUUUUGCCAUUCUCUCUCGCCUCAGCUCCUUCAUAAAAUCCUAUCUCCCCCUCCUCCCCUUCUUCUCACCCCUCUCUUUCCUCCUCUUCACAUUGUCAGCUUACCUUCCUCCCCCUCCUUCAUAAAAUCCUAUCUCCCCCUCCUCCCCUUCUUCUCACCCCUCUCUUUCCUCCUCUUCACAUUGUCAGCUUACCUUCCUCCCCGUCCCAUCCUGUUCACAAUUUUCUCCCCCUUUCUCUCCUUUCCCCUCCUUUCAAUAAUUUACUCUCCUCUUCUCCAACAUUUUGCCAUUCUCUCUCGCCUCAGCUCCUUCAUAAAAUCCUAUCUCCCCCUCCUCCCCUUCUUCUCACCCCUCUCUUUCCUCCUCUUCACAUUGUCAGCUUACCUUCCUCCCCGUCCAAUCCUGUUCACAAUUUCCUCCCCUUUCCACCUCCCUUUCCCUCCUUUCAAUAAUUUACUCUCCUCUUCUCCAACAUUUUGCCAUUCUCUCUCAGCUCAGCUCCUUCAUAAAAUCCUGUCCCCCUCCUCUCCUUCUUCUCACCCCCUCUCUUUCCUCCUCUUCACAUUGUCAUCCUUAAAUUCCUCCCCGUCCCAUCCUGUUCAAUUUCCUCCCCUUUCACUCCUUUCCCCUCCUUUCAAUAAAAUUUACUCUCCUCUUCUCCAACAUUUGCCAUUCUCUCUCCCCUCAGCCUCCUUCCAAAAAUCCUAUCUCCCCUCCUCCCCUUCUUCUCCCUCUCUUUCCUCCUCUUCACAUUUUCAGCUUUAUUCCUCCCCCGUCCCAUCCUGUUCACAAUUUCCUCCCCCUUUCCUACUCCCUUUCCCCUCCUUUUCAAUAAUUUACUCUCCUCUUCUCCAACAUUUUGCCAUUCUCUCUCGCCUCAGCUCCUUCAUAAAAUCCUAUCUCCCCCUCCUCCCCUUCUUCUCACCCCUCUCUUUCCUCCUCUUCACAUUUUCAGCUUUUAUUCCUCCCCGUCCCAUCCUGUUCACAAUUUCCUCCCCCUUUCACUACUCCCUUUCCCCUCCUUUCAAUAAUUUACUCUCCUCUUCUCCAACAUUUUGCCAUUCUCUCUCGCUCAGCUCCUUCAUAAAAUCCUAUCUCCCCUCCUCCCUUCUUCUCACCCCUCUCUUUCCUCCUCUUCACAUUUUCAGCUUACCUUCCUCCCCGUCCCAUCCUCUCCUUCAUAAAAAUCCUAUCCCCCUCCUCCCCUUCUUCCUCCCCCUCUUUCCUCCUCUUCACAUUGUCAGCACCCUUCCUCCCCGUCCAAUCCUCUCCUUCCUUAAAAUCCUAUCUCCCCUCCUCCCCUUCUUCUCACCCCUCUCUUUCCUCCUCUUCACAUUGUCAGCUUACCUUCCUCCCCGUCCAAUCCUGUUCACAAUUUCCUCCCCCCCUUUCACUACUCCCUUUCCCCUCCUUUCAAUAAUUUACUCUCCUCUUCACCAACAUUUGCCAUUUCUCUCGCCUCAGCUCCUUCAUAAAAAUCCUAUCUCCCCCUCCUCUCCUUCUUCUCACCCCUCUCUUUCCUCCUCUUCACAUUGUCAGCUUACCUUCCUCCCCGUCCCAUCCUGUUCACAAUUUCCUCCCCCUUUCACUACUCCCUUUCCCCUCCUUUCAAUAAUUUACUCUCCUCUUCACCAACAUUUUGCCAUUCUCUCUCGCCUCAGCUCCUUCAUAAAAUCCUAUCUCCCCCUCCUCUCCUUCUUCUCACCCCUCUCUUUCCUCCACUUCAUAUUGUCAGCCUACCUUCCUCCCCGUCCAAUCCUGUUCAUUUCCUCCCCUUUCACUACUCCUUUCCCCUCCUUUUCACCUCCCUCUUCUCCCUUAUUUGCCAUUCCUCACCUCAUCUUCUCUCCCUCUUCUCCUUCUUCUCAUUCUCUCUCCACUUCAUAUUCCUCAGCUCCUUCUAAAAUCCCAUCUCCCCCCUCCUCUCCUUCUUCUCCCCCCUCUCUUUUCCUCCCACUUCAUAUUGUCAGCCCACCUUCCUCCCUGUCCAAUCCUGUUCACAAUUUUCCUCCCCCUUUCACUACUCCCUUUCCCCUCCUUUCAAUAAUUUGCUCUCCUCUUCUCCAACAUUUUGCCAUUCUCUCUCUCUUCGCCUCAGUCCUUCAUAAAAAUCCUAUCUCCCCUCUCCUCCCCUUCUUCUCACCCCUCUCUUUCUCCCCCUCUUCACAUUUUCAGCUUACCUUCCUCCCCCGUCCCAUCCUGUUCAAUUUCCUCCCCUUUCACUACUCCCUUUUCCUCCUUUCAAUAAUUUACUCUCCUCUUCUCCAACAUUUUGCCAUUCUCUCUCGCCUCAGCUCCUUCAUAAAAUCCUAUCUCCCCUCCUCUCCUUCUUCUCACCCCUCUCUUUCCUCCACUUCAUAUUGUCAGCCUACCUUCCUCCCCGUCCAAUCCUGUUCACAAUUUCCUCCCCCUUUCACUACUCCCUUUCCCCUCCUUUCAAUAAUUUACUCUCCUCUUCUCCAACAUUUUGCCAUUCUCUCUCGCCUCAGCUCCUUCAUAAAAUCCUAUCUCCCCCUCCUCUCCUUCUUCUCACCCCUCUCUUUCCUCCACUUCAUAUUGUCAGCCUACCUUCCUCCCCGUCCAAUCCUGUUCACAAUUUCCUCCCCCUUUCACUACUCCCUUUCCCCUCCUUUCAAUAAUUUACCCUCUCCUCUUCUCCAACAUUUUGCCAUUCUCUCUCGCCUCAGCUCCCUUCAUAAAAUCCCUAUCUCCCUCCUCUCCUUCUUCUCACCCCUCUCCCUCCACUUCAUAUUCUCCUUCCAAAUCCCUAUCUCCCCUCCUCUCCCUUCUUCUCACCUCUCUUUCCUCCCACUUCAUAUUGUCAGCCUACCUUCCUCCCUGUCCAAUCCUCUCCUUCAUAAAAUCCUAUCUCCCCAUCCUCCCCUUCUUCUCACCCCCCUCUUUCCUCCUCUUCAUUUCCAGCUUACUCUCCUCCCCUGUCCCAUCCUGUUCAAUUUCCUCCCCCCUUUCCUCUCCCUUUCCCUCCCUUUCAAUAAUUUACUCUCCUCUUCUCCAACAUUUGCCAUUCUCUCUCGCCUCAGCUCUUCCAUAAAAAUCCCAUCUCCCCUCCUCUCCUUCUCUUCUCACCCCUCUCUUCCUCCCUUCAUAUUUCAGCCUACCUUCCCUCCCCCUCCUUUAAAAUCCUAUCUCCCCUCCCUCUUUUCUCACCCCUCUCUUUCCCCUCCCACUUCAUAUUGUCCAGCCUACCUUCCUCCCCUGUCCAAUCCUGUUCACAAUUUUCCUCCCCCCUUUCUUACUCCCUUUCCCCUCUUUUCAAUAAUUUACUCUCCUCUCCAACAUUUUGCCAUUCUCUCUCGCCUCAGCUCCUUCAUAAAUCCUAUCUCCCCCCUCCCUUCUUCUCACCCCUCUUUCCUCCUCUUCAUAUUGUCAGCCUACCUUCCUCCCCGUCCCAAUCCUCUCCUUCAUAUAAAAAUAUCUCCCCUCCCUCCUUCUUCUCACCCCUCUUUCCUCCACUUCAUAUUGUCAGCUUACCUUUCCUCCCCGUCCAAUCCUGUUCACAAUUUCCUACCCUUUCACUACUCCCUUCCUCCUUUCAAUAAUUUCUCUCCUCUUCUCCAACAUUUUGCCAUUCUCUCUCGCCUCAGCUCCUUCAUAAAAUCUUCUCACCCCUCUCUUUCCUCCCUUCACAUUUUUCAGCUUCCUUCCUCCCCGUCCUCCUGUUCAAUUUCCUCCCCUUUCUCUUUCCCCUCCUUUCUCUUCAUUGUCAACAUUUUGCCAUUCUCCUCCUGCUCCCAUCCUGUCCCCUCCCUCUCCUUCUUCUCACCCCUUUCAUCACACCUUCCUCCCCCAAUCCUCUCCUUCCAUAAAAUCCUAUCUCCCCUCCUCUCCUUCUUCUCACCCCUCUCUUUCCUCCACUUCAUAUUGUCAGCCUACCUUCCUCCCCGUCCAAUCCUGUUCACAAUUUCCUCCCCCUUUCACUACUCCCUUUCCCCUCCUUUCAAUAAUUUACUCUCCUCUUCUCCAACAUUUUGCCAUUCUCUCUCGCCUCAGCUCCUUCAUAAAAUCCUAUCUCCCCCUCCUCUCCUUCUUCUCACCCCUCUCUUUCCUCCACUUCAUAUUGUCAGCCUACCUUCCUCCCCCUGUCCAAUCUGUUCUAUUUCCUCCCCCUUUUCACUACUCCCUUUCCCUCCUUUCAAUAAUUUACUCUCCUCUUCUCCAACAUUUUGCCAUUUCUCUCGCCUCAGCUCCUUCAUAAAAUCCUAUCUCCCCCUCCUCUCCUUCUUCUCACCCCUCUCUUUCCUCCACUUCAUAUUGUCAGCCUACCUUCCUCCCCGUCCAAUCCUGUUCACAAUUUCCUCCCCUUUCCUCUCCCUUUCCCCUCCUUUCAAUAUUUACUCUCCUCUUCUCCAACAUUUUGCCAUUCUCUCUCGCCUCAGCUCCUUCAUAAAAUCCUAUCUCCCCCUCCUCCCCUUCUUCUCACCCCUCUCUUUCCUCCUCUUCACAUUUUCAGCUUACCUUCCUCCCCGUCCCAUCCUCUCCUUCAUAAAAUCCUUCCUCCCCUCCUCCCUUCUUCUCACCCCUCUCUUUCCUCCACUUCAUAUUUGUCAGCAUUUACCAUUCUCUCCCCGUCCAAUCCUAUUCCCCAAUUUCCUCACCCCCUUUCUCCUUUCCCCUUUCCCCCUUUCAAUAAUUUACUCUCCUCUUCUCCAACAUUUUGCCAUUUCUCUCUCCCUCAAGCUCCUUCAUAAAAUCCAUUCUCUCCUCCUCCUCCUUCUUCUCACCCUCUCUUUCCUCCUCCUCUAUUUCCUCUACCUUCCUCCCCUCUCCUUCAUAAAAUCCUAUCUCCCCCUCCCCUCCCUUCUUCUCACCCCUCUUUCCUCCUCUUCAUAUUUCCUUACCUUCCUCCCGUCCAAUCCUGUUCACAACUCCUUCAUAAAUCCUAUCUCCCCCUCUUCCCUUCUUCUUCCCCUCUCUUUCUUCCUCUUCAUAAUUCUUCCAUUUCUACCUUCCUCCCAUCCAAUCCUGUUCACAAUUCUAUCCUUUCCUCUCUCCCCCUUUCUUCUACUUCUUUCCUUUCCCAAUAAUUUCCCAUUUCCCUCUUCUCCCAACAUUUUGCCAUUCUCUCUCCUCGCCUCUCCUCCUUCAUCUUCUCCCUCUUCCCCCUCCCUCCCCUUCUUCACCCCUCUCUUUCCUCCUCUUUCUCACUUCAUUUCCUUCUACCUUCCCUCCCCUCCAUCUGUUCUUCUUUUCUCCCCUUCUUCUACUCCCUUUCCCUCCUUUCAAUAA